ACGACCCUCGACGCGCUGCUAAGAGGCGUGCUCGGAAAGUAUGCCGACUACACCUCCUUCUUCAGCGGGGCUAAUGUUCUAAAAGUCCAGCUGAUGCUAAUAAUGCGACCGGCUCUCUUCUUGAACCUACAACAGUUUUAGAGUUUACUGUGUGAGAUCGUUGGUGAUGGCUACUACUGAGAUGGACUCUGGGUGUUCAGAAAUCAAGGCGGAGCAGGGACCAGCUGACCCGGACUCAAAGUAUCCGCUCAAAGUCCUUUAUUGUGGAGUGUGUUCCCUGCCCACAGAGUACUGUGAGUACAUGCCGGAGCCGGCCAAAUGUAGGCAGUGGCUCGAGAAGAACUUUCCAGAUGUGUUUGCCAGGAUGACUGUAGCAGCAAACGCACCGAAGCAGGACUCUGUCUCUGGAGAACCUCCACCUGCAGGCGAGGAGGAGGAGAAGAAGAAGCAGAAGAGAGGUGGCCGAGGCCAGAUCAAGCAGAAGAAGAAGACUGUGCCUCAGAAGGUGACGAUAGCAAAAAUACCAAGAGCCAAGAAGAAAUACGUCACACGGGUUUGUGGCCUGGCGACAUUCGAUAUUGAGCUUAAAGAGGCUCAGCGGUUCUUUGCUCAGAAGUUCUCUUGUGGUGCCUCCGUUACUGCAGAAGAUGAAAUAAUCAUUCAGGGAGAUUUCACAGACGACAUCAUCGACGUCAUCCAAGAGAAGUGGCCUGAGGUGGACGACGACAACAUCGAUGAUCUGGGUGAAGUCAAGAAGUGAAGACCAAAUAUGCACUUUCACUGAAACAGCAACGACCUGGCCAAAUGUACACAUGGAAUCAUUUUAUACCUAUUUUAUUCACUGUACAUACAAAGCUGCGGACUUGGCCACUCACUUGGCUUCUUUUUUUAGUUCAUAGCUGCUUUCCGUCAUUUGCCAAACGCGCGGUAUGACCUGAGUCCUUCACAAAUGUUCUUCACGCAAACUGUAGGCUAAUAAAUUUCAGUCUUC